GAUUCAACAACUCGCUUCUAAAGAGCCUGUCCACAACGAAGACGACGCUACUCUUGCCAUUGAACAGCGCGUGGGGCAGGCUCAGCUCGACAAUGUUGAGCUCCCUCAACAAGAAUCCCACCAGCAUAUGGCAGGUGUUUGCGUACAACUUGCUGGGUGCAUAUUACACGGUCAAUGGCCUCGCCGCGAUUCCGUACAACACACAG